GCUUCAAAGGGAGCUGUAAAUGUGUUUCGGAACAUGCAGAAAGAUCCGACAAAACAUAAGAGUCACAAUCGAUAGGUUUCGAGCGUUCAUCUGGCAAACACCGUCCCGUCCCCUAGUAAAAUAAUCUCAGAGGACACGAUCACAACGCAUUUUCAUUGGAAGAAACAACAACACAUACAAUUGGUCAAAAGGUGUUAGACGUGUCUGCCACGCAGGACGGAAGUGCAAAGCUACCCUCCCAUCCACUUCACCAGGCGACCUCCCAUUGGCUCGGUUCCUCGGCGGAAAAGCAAAGUCUAAUGUUUUGCACUUACACUUUCGAAAGAGAGUUACAAUGCAUGGAACGUCUUAUUUUGUCUCGAUUAUCGUCGUUAUUUACAUUUCAGCCAGUGCUCCUUUUCUUUUGCCGCGUGCAGAACUGAAGACGAUCGUGGUUUCUCAAGAUAAUGGAACUAACAACAGCACGUGUUGGAAUGAAACUUCUCUUCCUUGCAAGACUCUGGAUUACGCUCUGAAACAUGUGACGAAUUCCACAUUUGUCCUGCUACGAUCUGGGAAUUAUUCGUACAAUCUAACCGAGCAUUUCAACUUUACCAAUUUGAGGGAGAUUGGCGUGGUUGGAGAUGAUGAAUCAGCCUCCGUCACCAUUGAAUGUCACCAAAACGGAAGUCUUUCUUUUGAAAGCUGCGAAAACAUCACGCUACGAAGCAUUUUGCUACAAGGCUGUGGAGGUUUACACAACAGCACAACUGGUAGUGCGUUUAAAGGCCAUUAUCACAUGCCUUUCCUCUCUGCCGUGUUUCUUCUCAAAUGCAGGGAUGUAGUCGUCGACAAUUGUUGGAUUGUUCAAAGUCCUGGAAUCGGGCUGAACAUGUACGAUGUGGGGGGUGAUGUACAAAUUUCACAUUCCUGGUUUGAGAGCAAUCGACCCAUUGGACACUCCUCUUCUUCAAACACUGCAGUUGCUGGAGGUGGUGUUUACAUUGAGUACACGUACAAGGAAAGAACCUUUCCAUCUGAUCUCGAUGCGACAUUGUUUGCUGAAUUUGACAGCAACAGCAGGUACGUUCUUCACAAUUGCACGUUUAGAAAUAACAAUGCUUCAGAUCAAACCUUUGCAACAAUGAUUGACGACCCACACGGAAGUGAUCACAUUCCCUUUGGAAGAGGAGGAGGGCUGUCGAUAUUUGUCAAGGGUGUGGCAAAACAUAAUGUCAUCCAGAUAACCCACUGCCGCUUUGAAGACAAUUAUGCCCUUUGGGGAGGAGGACUUUUCAUUGAAUUUCAAGAUGAAGUUCAAAACAACACACUCGAAGUUAAACAUUGCACUUUUACUAAUAACAGUGCGCACUAUGCUGGAGGAGCUAUUAGGAGUGGGACUCUAGCUGGCAGUGAUAGUCAACAAUUACUUGCAAACCAAAUGAGGUAUGAAGACUGUCAGUUCAUAAAUAACACCGCAAUGUUAGGUGGAGGUGUCUCGCAUCAUGGAGCUUUCUCAUUUUUAAAUAUCAGCGAUGGGAGAAGCCUUCACAUGACAUUUUUCAACUGUGAGUGGAGGAACAACACAGCAACAAUGGGUUCUGCUAUUGGACUGGCUGCCCCGUCACCUGUAAAUGGGCGCCAAGAUUGGAUGGCAAAAUGGCCGAAAUUUGUCCACACUAUAGUUCUUGAAGACUGUAAUAUCACCACCAACCUAAUUAUUUUGACAGAAGAUAAGCAGGUUAUUGGACAAGGUGCAAUCUAUUCUUACUCAUUGCCUAUCAUUUUUAGAGGGGUUGGGAACAUUGACCACAAUAACAAUACUGCCAUGGUCAUUGAGAAUGCAGUGCUGCAUUUUUUUGGCAAUGUGACCUUUAGAAAUAACACUGGAGGCCAGGGAGGUGCAUUAGGAUUGUAUGGCACAUCAGUGUUAAUGCUUAUGCCACACAGUAACAUUAAUUUCUUUAACAACACUGCUCAGCAGCAGGGUGGAGCUAUCUACGUGAGGGAUUCUGGGCCACCUGUGAUAGCUUUUCGCACAACAGAGCUUAAUACUCGGCCCUGUUUUAUCGCUUAUAACAACUGGGGUAGUCUAGAGAACAUCACUGAAUGGCAGGCCAAAGUAGUUUUUAAAGGUAAUCAAGCAUCUAGUGGUGGUGGAAAGUCAGUUUAUGCCUCCACUCUCCAAGGAUGCCGUCAAAUUGGGGAGCCCCGCAUCAACAACAAAUCCCUUGAAUGGCCCAAUGUGUUUGAGUACCGAGAUGAAAAUACAAGCCCUGGAGAACAGAUUUCUACUGACCCAGUCUUAAUUAGGUUAAAUGAAAGUAAUUGGAAGGUUUCCCCAGGCCAAAAUUUCAGUGCAACUGUGGAACUGAUAGAUGAAAAGAACAGCCCUGUUUUAGGCAUGGUAAGCAUAAGCAUCACAAACAAUGUGACUCUUGAUACAGCCUCAGACUUGUUUCUGAUUCAAGGCAGUUCUUCCCAAAUCAACAAUUUGCAUCUUCUUGGAAAGAAGGACGACAAGUUUGAAGUUCAUGCUACUACAGUUGCAGGUCGUGUUGCGCAGAAGGUCUCCAAGACUGUGCUCUUGCAGGACUGUCAUCCUGGUUUUGAGCAAUAUGACAACGCAAACACGUGCACAUGUAUGGAACGACAUGAUACAGGUAUUUGGAACUGCAGUGCUGACUCUAAACAUGUCUUCUUGAAGAGAGGAUACUGGGGUGGAAAGAUAGGACGUACAUUUAUCACAUACCCUUGUCCACCAAAUUACUGCAAUUUCCCCAAACAUGAUCCAGCCUUUAAAUACAAUAGCCAAACAAUCUGUACUGAUGGCCGCAAUGGUACAAGUGUACUGUGUGGAGCGUGUAAACAUGGCUACUCAGUGAAUUUAGGGGAUGAGAAAUGCUCAAGAGAAUGUGGCAACAACCAUCUCUGGCUUCUGUUGGUAUUUUUUAUAGUCACUUUGCUGCUGGUAUUGGUGGUACUACGCAUUGAAUUGGACAUCUUUACAAGUUACCUCAAUGCAUGGCUGUAUUCAUAUCAGAUUAUCACAUUUCUGCUUCAAGAAGGACAGGUCCUUGAUAAAUUCAUUUCUUUUGUGAUUGGUGUCGCUAACGUGAGAGUCAAAGGUUUUGGGACAUGUUUCUAUGCUGGAUUGACCAACCUUGAGAAACUUGGAGUAAACUACAUUUUACCCUGUUAUGUCCUUCUCCUGCUAAUAGUUCUGGCUAAGCUUGGAAGGUGCCGUCCUGCUUGUUACAUCAACAGGAAUGUUUCCCGCGCCUUCUGUACAUUGUUGGUCCUCUGUUAUACAGACAUUACAAUGAUUUCUUGUAACAUUAUUCACUAUGUUCCCAUCAAUGGAAGGUGGGUGCUAUAUGCUGAUGGUAACAUUGAAUUUGUAAGAGACUGGAAAACACACUUGCCAUAUACCAUCAUUGCUUGUCUUUGGUUUAUUUUUUUUGUCAUUUUUGUACCGUUGGUGCUGCUCUUUACCCCUUGGUUCUUGAAGUGCUUCCAGUUCUUGAACAAUUUCAGAUUGUUCUUUGACACUUUCCAGAAGUGCUUUAAAGACGAGUACAGAUGGUUUGCAGCUUAUUACUUCAUAUGUCGUAUUUACAUCUUGGUUAUUGCCCUGUAUGUUCCAUUCGGGCCUCUGAAAAGAUCCAUCCUUGAGAUAUCCAGUGUCGUCAUUGUGGUAACAUGCCUCUACCUUCAGCCAUACAAGACAAGACCAAAUAAUGACAUGAAUUAUGAGCCUGCUAACAAUAUUGCCAAUGAGGAUUACAACUGGCUCAAUACUCUUGAUGCCAUCCUUCUCACAAACUUGUGUUUCAUUGUCAUCUUCAGCACAGGCAUCAGAAGUGAAGUAUCACCAUCUGUACAGGACAAACUUGAAAAAACUGUGAAUGGUCUGGCAUAUGUACCCCUUGUUUACCUCUGGUGCCUUCUUUGCUAUAAUGGUUGGAAAUACUUCUGCCCAGCAAACUUGGAUGGUUACCAACAGGUAGAACCAGGCUCCACAUCUGAGAGUGCUCGUCAAUCCCAGCCAAUCUAAAUGUGGGAUGCUGGUUCAUGCUGCUAAGGGCAAUAUUGUCUCUGCUCUAGAAUAGAUCAUGUUCAUAUCUGGGUAUUAGACUGGGACUACCUUGAAACUGACAUUAUUAAUAUCUUUUUAAUGAUAAUCCCCCGCAUGAGCCUCAGUUGCAAGCUAGUCCCAGUCCAAUACCAAGAAUACGAAUAUGUUGUAUAAUUUGCAAGCUCCAAAUUUGAGUUAGUGAAACCAAGAGCAAUGAAACAUUUGGAAAAGAAAAAGAACAGCAGAAUGCUACAGUUUAUCUUAUUUUACAGUUUAUUUUAUAUUUUUUUAGUA